CACUUUCCACGCCUUCCAAACAAGACUUAAAAUCAAAUCAACUGGAAAGCUACUGUGAGAGAGAAGCCCCGAUUCGGCAAUUCCCUAAUUUCGAUCUUCUCUUUAUCUCUUUUCCAUUUGAUAUACGCACGCUAAGUAGCUUUUGUAUAUUUUGUAGCUCAGGUACAUAGGUGCAGUAAAGAGAAGAAGAUAAUGGGGGCAGGGCGUGAGGUAUCGAUAUCCCUGGACGGAGUGAGGGAUAAGAAUGUGAUGCAGCUCAAGAAGCUCAAUACUGCGCUCUUCCCCGUUCGCUACAACGAUAAGUAUUACGCCGAUGCCCUCGCUUCUGGGGAUUUCACUAAACUAGCAUAUUACAGUGACAUCUGCGUUGGAGCAAUUGCAUGCCGGCUGGAGAAGAAGGAAGGUGGGGCUGUUCGUGUUUACAUCAUGACAUUAGGUGUUUUAGCGCCAUACCGAGGGUUAGGCAUUGGUACAAGACUGUUGAAUCAUGUUCUUGAUCUCUGCUCCAAGCAAAAUAUAUCUGAGGUUUACUUGCAUGUGCAGACAAACAAUGAGGAUGCCAUCAACUUUUAUAAGAAAUUUGGAUUUGGAAUCACAGAUACCAUCCAGAACUAUUACACAAACAUAACGCCACCUCACUGCUACGUUCUGACGAAAUUCAUUGCUCAGACGAAGAAAUGAUGUUGCAAAGUUAGCAGUGAAGUUGGUAAUCCUUGGUUUUUCAUGCUAUUUAUUGAACUGAACUUGGGAUUAUUUAUACUGGGAACAUCAAAAUCUGAUUGGUGAAAUGACUUCAACAGUUCCUGUAAUGGUCUGGUGGACCAAUGGCCUUUUAUAAAUCAUUUAAUAGUUUGUAGACAUUUUGAAAUUUUGUAUUCUAUUGAUUUUGGAAUAA